AAACAGAUUAAGGAUAGAUCCUUGGGAUCUCCAGAGGUCACUGUCCUGGGACCAUUUGAAGAUGACUUUCUGGCUAUAACUCUAGAUAAGUAUGGAACUAUGCUAUGACUGUACCAUCCAACUGGAAGAUAGAGAAUGAUGCUGAAGGAAGAUGACAUGGCCAACUGUGUCAAAUAGGUCAACAGGAUGAGGAAGGACAGUUUACCAUUGUUGCAGUCUCAUAGAAUCUCAAUUGUUACUUUAAACAAUCAUGUUUCUUUACUGCGGUGUACUGGAAACAUGAUUGGAGUUAUUCACUAUUGAGUUAUGGAAACGAUGGCCGUAGAUUUAUGAGAUGACUACAUAUUCAAGAACCUUCAAGAAUUGUAACCUGUUUCUGGAGAAUUGUCUCCUUACAAAGAAGAAAAAUAGAAAAACAUCUUGACUUGUUUCGUCAGUUCACUAAGCAACAAAGUUUCCUUUAAGCUGUAUAGAUAUUCUACAUGUGAUACAGCAGGAGACAAACAGGCCACACUUAAGAGGUUCCUUUAAGGCAUGUGGGGCUGUGCAUCAACCAUAAAGCGACUUUACGUCGUAGAGAAAUUAAGGAAUGCAUUGGGAAAUGAAUGGCAAACUUCUAUACAGCUUCACUAAUUUGGAUAUUUUAAUUCACCGUCUGUGGCAAUAUGGGCUUAUGCCAGGCUUUGAGCUAAUGGGAAAUCCAUCAGGAUACUUUACCAAUUUUGAAGAGAAAAAACAGGUGUUUGAGUGGAGAAAAUUAAUCAUGCUUUUAGCGAGAAGAUACAUAGAUGCAUACAGUGUGGCAUAUGUCUCAAAAUGGAACUUUGAAACAUGGAAUGAACCAGAUCAUCAUGAUUUUGAUAAUUUAACUUUCACAGUUAAAGGAUUCCAAAACUACUAUGACGCCUGUUCAGAAGGUUUGAAAGAUGCUAACACACAACUUCAACUAGGUGGCCCUGGAGAUUCAUGUCAUCCUCCUCCACAUUCACCUAUCAGUUGGGGUUUGCUGAAUCACUGUUAUAAUGGAACCAACUUCUUUACAGGAGAAAUUGGAAUACGACUAGAUUAUAUUGCUUUACACAAGAAGGGUGCCGGCAGUUCUUUGCACAUCCUUGAGCAAGAAUUGGUUACAGUUCAACAGAUUCAGAAAUAUUUUCCUAAAUUUCAGUCCAUUCCCAUUUACAACGAUGAGGCUGAUCCAUUGGUGGGUUGGUCGAUACCUCAGAUUUGGAGAGCCGAAGUAACCUACGCUGCAAUGGUUGCUAAGGUAAUAGCACAGCACCAGAAUCUACUAAUUUCGAAUCCGCAGAACACAAUAAACUUUACAUUGCUUAGCAAUGAUAAUGGCUUCCUGAACUAUUACCCAAAUUACUUUACACAAAGAACACUGACUGCAAGGUUUCAGAUGAACAAUACAAAACCUCCACAUGUGCAAAUGGUUCGCAAACCAGUGCUCACUGUCAUGGGAUUGUUGGCUUUAUUAGGUGAGAAACAAAUUGAAGUAGAAAUGAUGCUCAAUGGUGAUGCUUCAACUGAGAAUAGCACUUUCGGAGUACUUGCAAGCAUUCAUGAAACUUCAAAUCUGCAUUCCUCUGACAGCUGGCAAUCUGCUAUACUAAUUUACAACAGUUAUGACAAUCGGACAUCAUCAGAUAUUACCUUUGUGACUGUGAACCUAACUAAUUUUCCCACUCAAGAAGAGCUUGUGUAUGUAAUUUACCAUCUGGACAACAAUAACACGAACCCUUACUUGCAAUGGAAGAAUCUUGGAAGGCCAGAUUUUCCAACAGUGGAACAGUUUCAUCUUAUCAGAGAAAUGGAGGAUCCUGUGGUUAAGGGACCAAUGCCAUUUCCUCCAGAAGGCCAUAUCAUUCUGAAACUGAAACUUCCUAUUCCCUCUGUAUAUCUGUUGCACAUCUGUGCAAAGCCUGAAAGACCUCCAAACCAGACUCGCGGUGUGAGCUUUAUACCUCUGAUACUGGGACAGGUGGCUGUUACAUGGGAUGAUAAUUAUGUCAACUCAAAAUGUUUAAAAACAUUUGAAGUGGAAUUUUCAGUUGAUGGAAAGGUUUACAGAAGGAUCAAUGAUAAAGACACUAUAUUUACUAUUUUUGUGUAUGCUCCAUUCAACAAGAAAAAAGAACUUUCACAGGUGUCUGGUUUCUAUCGUAUUCGUGCAGUGGAUUACUGGGGCAAACCUGGACAGUACUCUGACCCUAUUAAAUAUAUUGAAGGAAAAGAUUAAAAACUUUGUGAAGACAAGUUUCACUAUCUGUGAUGGUUGGAUGGAUAAACAAAUACAUAUGUUUCCUCUAAAUGGGUAAUUUAGCUGAAUGUCGUCAGGGUAUAUUAUAAUCACAUCAGAUUUGAGGAUGUCGAAUUUGCUUCAAUGGUUAGUGGUUGAGGUAGAAAUAUAUAGAUGGGCAAAGAAAAAUGAUUUCAACUUUGAAACCUAGAAACAUAGAAAAUUGGUGCAAGAGUAGGCCUUUGAGCCUGUACCACCAUUCAAUAUGAUCAUGGCUGAUCAUGCAAUUUCAGUAUCCCACUCCCACUUUCUUUCAUACCCCUUGAUCCUUUUAGCCACAAGGGUUGGGUCCAGUUUCCUCUUGAAUAUAUCUAACAAACUGGCCCCAACAGCUUCCUGUGGGAGAGAAUUCCACAGGUUCACAAUUCAGAAUGAAGGAAUUCUACUUCACUUCACUCCCGAAUGGCUUACCCCUUAUUCUUAGACUGUGAUUCCUAGUUCUGGACUUCCCCAACAUCGGAAACAUUCCUCCCACAUCUAGCCUGUCUAGUCCAAUCAGGAUUUUGUAUGUUUCCAUGAGAUCACCCCCCCACUCAUUCUUCUAAAUUCCAGUGAGUACAAGCCCAGUCAAUCCGGUCUUUCUUCAUAUGUCAGUCCUGCUAUCCUAGGAAUGAGUCUAAUGAACCUUAGCUGGACUCUCUCAGUAGCAAGAAUGUCCUUCCUCAAAGUAGGAGACCAAAACUACAAACAGUACACAAGGUGUGACCUCACCAAGGCCCUGUAUAACUGCAGCAAGACAUCCUUACUCCUAUACUCCAAUCCUCUAGCUAUGAAGACCAACAUUCCAUUAGCUUUCCUCACCACCUGCUGCACCUGCCAAUCUUCAGUGAAUGUUCAACCAUUACUACCUCCACUCAGAUAAUAAUCUGCCUUCCCGUUUUUGUCACCAAAGUGAAUAACCUCACAUUUAUCCACAUAAAAUUGCAUUUGUGAAGUAUUUGCUCAUUCAGCCAACUUGUCCAAAUCACCCUAUAGCCUCUUAGCAUCCUCCUCACAGCACACACUGCCACCCAGCCUAGUGUCAUCUGCAAACUUGGAGAUAUUGCAUUCAAUUCCUUUUUCCAAAUUGUUAAUAUAUAUUGUGAACAUCUUGGGUCUCAGUACUGAGCCCUUGCGGUACUCCACUCGUCAUUGCAAAGGGAUACAAGAAUACAUUGGUUAAAUAUAAUUCAAAUAUUUGCCCAUAUGGAGUGUAAAAGAUAGCAUGGACUGGUUUGAUCUAAAAGCUUGUUCACAAGUUGUAACUUCUGUGCAUUUUUGUAUAUGAAAUAAAUGUAUUUUUUCCCCUUA